AUGUCCAAGACCUUCGCAUACAGAAGGCAGGAGGUCGUCAGAGACAAGCCCAUGAUUGCAGAGUUCAAGAUCAGAUGGCCAGGACUGUUCACUGUGGCAGAGGUGGAAGCAGAAUUUGUGAGGAUCACUACUGGUCCCCUUGUGUCAAAGUUCCAUGCACAGCUUGACCAACACACUGCCCAGCUCAUCAAAGUGUUCAAGAAGAAAGGAGGCUCUGUAGGGACUAACAUCAGCAGGAUUUUGGUCCCAAUCACACAGAAUGAAACUGUUGAAAAGAGGAGGGAGUGCAUCCUCAGGGCACUUUGUAUCUACCUGAACGAAGACCCAAACAUCCUCUUCAAAGAAUACCUGGAUACUGAUGGCACUGCUGUACAGAGGGAGCUUGAGCAACUUACCCUUGGCAUCUACAUCAUCAAAGUUGAGGGAGGUGAUGCCACCACUCCUCCAACUGAUGUUGGAAUAGUGAUCGAGGGUGUUGAAGUUCUACAUGACUUGGGAGACGUCACCUCUGCAUGUGCUCUCUUAAUGGGUGUAAUAUACGCACUGAACCUCAGUUAUCCUAAGGAACUGAAGACCUUCUUUGAAGUACUUCAAAAGCUCUUCCUUCAGCUGGAUGCUGGCAGACUCUCAACCAAGGUACAGAUGCUCAAGAACAAACUGUAUCAAUGAACUAAACAUUGAUUUGGAUGCUGAAUUGGAAAAGUUUUGGAAAACCAGUUGCACCCAACACGAGUUCUUGUUUGUUUAUGUAGAUAUUUAAACUCAUUUAUAACCAGCUAAGAACUCCUUGUAGUGGCUGCAACACGAGCUGACAUGCUUGUAAAAAUGUUAAUAGCAGUUUUUUCCAAACACUACUAAAUUAAAGGUUGACAGCAGCACUUGUGUUGUUAUAGUUUGACUAUUAUGCUGUUUCAAAAAAAUUGAGGACUACAAGCUUGUUAUAUUGUUAGACAAUAAUACUGGCAAAUCAGGGAUGCUUUGUUGGAUGUUUCAUUUUUUUAUGCUGCAUCAAGGUGGUUUAUAACUGCUAAUGUUGGGUAACGAUGUGACAAAACACAAGUUGACAUGUUUGUUAAUUACAUUUCGGGGUAUUCCCUCCACAAUAUUAAAAUGAAAGUAGAUAGCAGCACGUGUGUUGUUAUGGUUAGAUUAUUAUGCUGUUACAAAAAAAAAAGAGAACUGCAAGCCUGUUGGACUGCAUAAAAGCAGUUUACAACUGUUGGUGUUGAAGCAUGCUGCACCCUAAUGUUUGUUAAGGGUUUUAUUUUGGACCAAGUGGCAACAAAAUGUUAAAUGAAUAUUGGUGAAUAA